AUGGUCACGAUGACCUCUAAAGCUCUUCCAACACAUCUGAAGCCGGCCGCUGCCCUUGGCAAUGGCAACGGGGACGCCGAGUUUGCCAGGAAACAUCAUGGCAAGACGCAAUCCCAUGUGGCCUUCGAGAAUACCUCCACCUCCGUCGCCGCCUCGCAGAUGCGAAAUGCCCUUAACAACCUCGUUGAGGGGGUCAAGGACCCGAACGAGAAGGAGCGAUUCGAGACCGAAAUGGACAACUUCUUUGCGCUCUUCCGACGAUACCUGAACGACAAAGCAAAGGGAAAUGUGAUCGACUGGAACCGUAUGGGUCCUCCUUCGGAAGGUCAAGUCGUUGAGUACAACACCCUUGGCAACUCCGAGUCGGUGGAAUACCUCAAGAAGUUGGCUGUCGUCAAACUCAAUGGCGGUCUCGGUACCUCCAUGGGUUGCGUUGGUCCCAAAUCCGUCAUCGAAGUCCGUGAUGGCAUGUCCUUCCUUGAUCUGUCCGUCCGACAGGUCGAGUUCCUUAACCGCACCUACGACGUCAACGUCCCCUUCGUCCUCAUGAACUCCUUCAACACCGACUCCGACACGGCCAACAUCAUCAAGAAGUAUGAAGGCCAUAACAUCGACAUCAUGACCUUCAACCAGUCACGCUACCCUCGUGUGCUGAAAGACUCCCUCCUCCCCGCUCCUAAGAACUACGACUCCCAGAUCUCCGAUUGGUAUCCUCCUGGCCACGGUGACGUCUAUGAGUCGCUAUACAACUCAGGCAUCCUCGACAAGCUCAUUGACCGUGGCGUGGAAAUCAUCUUCCUCUCCAACGCGGACAACCUGGGCGCGGUGGUCGAUCUCCGUAUCCUGCAGCACAUGGUUGACUCCAAGGCGGAGUACAUCAUGGAAUUGACGGACAAGACCAAGGCCGACGUUAAGGGUGGUACCAUCAUCAACUACGAGGGAUCCGUCCGCCUGCUGGAAAUCGCCCAAGUGCCCAAGGAGCACGUCAACGAAUUCAAGUCGAUCAAGAAGUUCAAAUACUUCAACACCAACAACAUCUGGAUGAACCUCAAGGCCAUCAAGCGCGUGGUCGAGAACAACGAGCUCGCUAUGGAGAUCAUCCCCAACUCCAAGUCCAUCCCUGCCGACAAGAAGGGGGAAGCCGACCUCUCCGUCAUCCAGCUGGAGACCGCUGUUGGCGCCGCCAUCCGCCACUUCAACAACGCCCACGGUGUCAACGUGCCGCGUCGUCGCUUCCUCCCUGUCAAGACGUGCUCUGAUCUCAUGCUGGUCAAGUCAGAUCUGUACACUCUUCAGCACGGCCAACUGAUCAUGGACCCCAACCGCUUCGGCCCCGCGCCGCUCAUCAAGCUCGGCUCGGACUUUAAGAAGGUCUCCAGCUUCCAGUCGCGUAUCCCCAGCAUCCCCAAGAUGCUGGAACUCGACCAUCUCACCAUCACCGGGCCGGUCAACCUCGGCCGCGGCGUUCAACUGAAGGGCACUGUCAUCAUCGUCGCCACCGAGGGCCAGACGAUCGACAUUCCGCCGGGAUCGAUCCUUGAGAACGUGGUUGUGCAGGGAAGCUUGCGGCUGCUCGAGCACUAA